AUGUCAAAAACUAACAUCGACGAUGAGCUGAUGGAAUUCAUUAUCAGAAAAGCAGAAGAUAUCAAAUCUCCAUUCAAAAUUAUUCAGUUGAUCAAGGAUUUCAAACGAGAGUACAAAAGAAUGGAUUCUAAAAAAAGGUUGAGAAACAAAAUCGUAGCUCUUCGCUCAAAACUUCCCGAAUUAGAAGGCAUAGAAACUGAAAUGAAGAUCAAACUCCUAUUCGGAUUGCAUGCUCCAGUUGAUCCAGAUUUUCUGAAAAUAUAUGACCGUCUCAAGAAAAAACUAUUUCAAUGCUCUGAUUUCGACAAGAAUACACAUAUCAAACUGUUAUUCAUUUCGAGUGCCAGAAUUCCCGGAUGUUUCCUAAAAGUACUUCAAAAUGAUGCAACCGUGGCAGUUGAUGAUAAAGGAAGAAUUACGAAAUACGAAGCACAUGACGGAAGUCUCGUACUAAAGGGAGAUCAUAGUCAUUCAUCUAAAAUGAAACUAUCUCUCGCAGAAAGAUGGAAUAGUAUUCGUCGAAAAAUUGAAUGUGAUAAAAAUAAGGACAGCGGUACGGACACCGAUACGGAUAAUCAUCAUGUCUACGAGAGAGAAAUGUCUCAAUUGAUCAAAUUUGUGAUUGAGAAAGCAAAAAGUGUAAAUGUGCCGCUGAGAAUUCGCAAUAUGUGUGAAGAUUUCAAGAGGUUGUAUGGAUCUUCUAACAAUCUUGAUUGUUUGUAUAAAAGAGUAAGAAGUUUUGGUGAGAAGAUCCCUGGAAUGAAUGAGGUCGAUACAUAUGCAAAAGUCCGGACGAUGUUCGCUCUUUCUACUCGAGUUCCAGACGAAUUAUUGAAUGAACUUCGAAAAGAUGCCGAGGUGCAAGUUGAUAGUUUGAAUAGAAUUAUCAAAUAUCGAGCAAAUGAUGGAAACUUGAGCUUGGAAGGAGAGCAUAGUGUAUCAACGAAGCAGAAAUUAGGAUGGGUUAGUCGAAAAAAUAAAAUUGCCGCUAGAGCAGAAAACGAUGAAGUAUCUGAUAGUGAGAGCGAUGAGGAAGGAACAGUUGAAAGAAAGAAAAUGAAAGAUAGGAAGAGGAAGACGGCAGAAACAGAAAAUGGAAAAAGAUCGAGACUGGAUCUCCUCAGAUAUGUUUCUGAAUCAGAUGAAGAUGAAUCGGAGGAAUCUCCCGACGAAUCAGAUGAAUCUGGGGAUUCAGACGACUCCGAAAUGUCAGAAAUCGAUGAGAGUCAUAAAAGAAGGAAAAAAGAAAGGUCAAGUAGUUCGCGAAGCACCGACUAUGAUGCUCACUUGGGACCAGUUACAAGAAACAGAACCAAACAGUCAAUUUUCCCGAUUCAGAAGAACAAAACACGAACAACUACAGGAGACUGUUCUAAUUCUGACAGCGAUAUUGCUAAUGAGGUGGUUGCUGGAGAAUUUGAAUUGGAACAGGAUGUCUCACGAGUAGAGAGAAUUGUGGACGACUUCGAAUAUGAUGAUCCGCGUGAUUUCGACAGCAGCGAAGGUCUGCCAGAAGAAGUUAUUACUGAAACUGACAUGUUAACCGACCGAAAUGCUGAUGGAUCAGGACCAUCUACUACUAGAAAACGAGUUGUCCGCACUCCAAUCCGUCAUUUAUCAGAAGGAGAUGACUGCAAACCAGAUGUUAAUAGUGCACAAACGGAAAACAAAGCGAAUAUUGUGGAAAGUAGCACUCUCCAAGUUCAUGGUGCUCUUAUUGCUUUCGACACAUUUCUCUAUAUGUCGAUGAAAGAAGUCGCUAUGAAGUGCUCACCAGGCACAGAGGCAAUCAGUCUCAAGGAAUUUCUGGCGGCUCUUCGUAUUGUUAUCAUUUCUAUGAAGUCAACAGCUCUCUCGAAAUUUCCACAGAAACUGAAAGUUAUGAUUUCAGAACUGUCAAUUCAAGAUAAGAAAAUUCCUGUAGAGUCGAUCACAACUGCUCUGGAAACAACGCUCAAUAUCAUCUCUUCAUAA